GCGCUUUGCAUUGUGGGAAAUCACAGGAAGCGGAUGUGUACAUGUGAUGUGCAGCUUGUGUAUGUAGCAGGGUUGAUUAGAGUCUCGGUUUGGGUUGUGUCUGAGAAUACUUGCCUUGUUUUUUUAAAAACUUCUAUCAUACACUGAAUAAAAUAUUGCACCUUGCUCUGGAGUUGUAGCUAGCCAUUCGGAAUUUGCUAGCAUUCCAUCACAGCCAGUGGUAACUGCUGGGUACAGUUAGCUAAAGAGUGAAUUACAAAGAUAUAGCCUGGUAUAGCUAUGCAACUAGUCAGUUAGCCAGCUAUCUGAAACGUAUACAUUUACUGUACAUUUAUUCAAGACUUUUUUUUAUCGCAUGAGCACAUGGCAUCUCGGCAGCCUUUCACAGAUUCCGAUACUGCAGAUGAAGCAGUUCGGGCAACUUGCGACGACGCAUCAACGUGUAAAAGAUUUGCAACCAGUAAAGGCUAUUGGACAGAUCCUUAUAUCCAGUAUUUUGUGAGGCAGACAGGUGAACGAAAAGCUCCCGAGAUCAACCGAGGUUAUUAUGCCCGAGUUCACGGAAUGAACCAACUGCUGGAUGCUUUUCUCAGAAAGUGUGAGUGUAACUGCCAGGUGGUGAAUCUUGGAGCAGGGCUAGACACCACCUUCUGGAGAUUAAAGGGUAUAAACAUGAUGCCAAAGAAGUAUUUUGAAGUUGAUUUCCCAAUGAUUGUAGCUAGGAAGAUACACAACAUCAAGACAAAACCGCCUUUAUCCAAACCACUUAUUGAGACUCACUCAACCGACUCUCUUCUGUUUGAUGGCCACUGCCUGGACUCUGAUCGAUAUUGUAUCAUCGGCGCUGAUCUUAGGGACCUUCCAGACCUAGAGGACAAGUUGAAGAAGUUUCAGAUGAACGCUGAAUUACCUACAGUGUUUUUGUCAGAGUGUGUGUUGGUCUACAUGACACCGGAGCAGUCGUCAAAGCUGGUGAACUGGGUGUCAGACACGUUUCACACGGCUAUGUUCAUCAACUACGAACAGGUGAACAUGGCUGACCGCUUUGGCCAGGUGAUGGUGGAGAACCUGCUGAGGCGCCAGUGCACACUGGCAGGAGUUCAGGUGUGCCAGUCUCUGGAGACACAGAAGGAGCGCUUUCUGUCAAAUGGAUGGGAGAAUGCCGAAGCUCUAGACAUGAUGACGAUCUACAGUAUUUUGCCACAGGUUGACAUAGCCAGAAUGGAACAUUUGGAGUUUUUGGACGAAAAGGAACUCCUCCAGCAGCUCCUUCAACACUACAGCAUCUGCUGGGCAUCCAAGGACAAGCUCAGGCUAGGACUCUCCCAGGUCGCCUUCUGAUGACCGCGGGCCGAACAGCUGUGAAGAUGUCUCAAAGUGCCAUUCUCGACACGCGCUGGAGGAGAGGAAGAGGGAAGUCGUCUGAACAAUAGGUUUCCUCUUAACAGCGACACUAAAACAUGGAAACCACCACCCUCAGCAGUUUAGUGGGGUUUUUUUUCUCUGUCUUCUCUGUUGUUGACGUCGCCUUUUGCUUUCCACACCCAUGGAUUUUUCGUGUUGUUUUCACAUUGAAUGAGAUUGGAUCCAACCAUAUCUCAGAUCAAAGCAGUCAUCGCACUGAAGUCAACUGCAUAGUAUUUCUACUACUGGAACAUUCAUUCAUUACUAGUUCAUUUAGAGACAGUUUCAGGCUCAUGAAAGUGUUCUUAUUAUGUUGCUAUUUAUUUGUAGUGUUUGGGUUAUCUAGAAAACAGUAUGUUUUUUCAGACAUCCGGUGUUAUUAUUUGAUUGUCGAAUGCUCCAAUUUUAUUUUAUGGGUUGUGGCAUGGAAUUGCUAUUCUGUGGAUACAGUUCAAUAUAUGAAUAACUACCAUUGCUAAUUAAAGUAUUGACUAAAGCA